GACUUUUGGAACACCCUGUAUAUUAGUCCAUAUUGUAUGAUGUAAGAGGAUUUUUUUAUAUUUUGUAAUCACUUCUAUAGUUUGUAAUUUUACUCUCUUAUUUUGCAGACUGAAUCUUUUGACAAAUUUGGAUUCUAUGCAAGGCUGUGUGAGUUCUUGCGAGGAGAAUGCAUCAAAAUGCUCGAAGUCGUUCGCUAAAAUUGUUCAGCUUCAAAAGACACUAAAAAUGGCCACAUCGGAAUACAAGACUCAGUUUAAAAGCUUAAAAGAUAGUUUGCAGUGUUACAAGGUGCAAAGUCAAAAAGUUUCAUCUUGUUUGGGUGAAUACGCUCAAACGCAGAAGGACUGUGCUAAAGCGGGCAAGCAGAUUUUAGGACCCAAUUACAAG